CACCUCCAGCGAGGGAGGCCGUGGGACUGCAGCAGCGGGAUGAAGGGCUAGACCGCGGGACCGCUGCUCAUGCGACGGCCGGGAGCGCCUGCGAGCUGGAUUUGGUGGAGGAUGCUGCGGCAGGUGCUUCGCAGAGGGCUCCAGUCGUUCUGCCACAGGCUGGGCUCGUGCGUGAGCCGGCACCCGGUCUUUUUCCUCACCGUGCCCGCAGUCCUGACCAUCACCUUCGGCCUCGGCGCGCUCAACCGCUUCCAGCCCGAGGGCGACCUGGAGCGCCUGGUCGCUCCCAGCCACAGCCUGGCCAAGAUCGAGCGCAGCCUGGCCAGCAGCCUUUUCCCCCUGGACCAGUCCAAAAGCCAGCUCUAUUCGGACUUACACACCCCCGGGAGAUAUGGCAGGGUGAUCCUCCUCUCCCCACCCGGGGACAAUAUUUUGCUCCAGGCUGAGGGGAUCCUGCAGACCCACCGAGCCGUGCUGGAAAUGAAGGAUGGGAGGAACAGUUUUAUUGGACACCAACUGGGCGGGGUAGUGGAAGUGCCAAACAGCAAGGACCAGCGGGUCAAGUCAGCCAGAGCCAUUCAAAUCACCUACUACCUCCAGACCUAUGGCUCUGCCACCCAAGACCUCAUAGGGGAGAAGUGGGAGAAUGAGUUCUGUAAGCUUAUGAGGAAGCUCCAGGAGGAGCACCAGGACCUCCAGCUCUACUCCUUAGCAUCCUUUAGCCUCUGGAGAGACUUUCAUAAGACCAGCAUCCUGGCCAGAAGCCAGGUCCUCGUGAGCCUCAUGCUGAUCCUGACCACAGCCACCCUCUCCAGCUCCAUGAAGGACUGCUUGCGCGGCAAGCCCUUCCUGGGCCUCCUGGGGGUGCUCACCGUGUGCAUCUCCGUCGUCACCGCAGCUGGGAUCUUCUUCAUCACCGACGGAAAGUACAACUCCACCCUGCUGGGAAUCCCGUUCUUUGCCAUGGGUCACGGAACGAAAGGAGUAUUUGAGCUUCUGUCUGGAUGGAGGAGAACCAAAGAGAAUUUGCCCUUCAAAGACAGGGUAGCAGAUGCCUAUUCGGAUGUGAUGGUGACCUAUACCAUAACCAGCUCCCUGUACUUUAUUACCUUUGGCAUGGGUGCCAGCCCGUUCACCAACAUAGAGGCUGUGAAGGUCUUCUGUCAGAACAUGUGUGUCUCCAUCCUGCUGAACUACUUCUACAUUUUCUCCUUCUUUGGCUCCUGUCUGGUCUUCGCUGGCCAACUAGAGCAAAACCGCUACCACAGCAUCUUUUGCUGUAAGAUCCCUUCUGCAGAAUACCUGGACCGCAAGCCUGUGUGGUUCCAGACAGUGAUGAGUGAUGGGCAUCAACAGACAUCCCAUCAUGAGACGAACCCCUACCAGCACCACUUUAUUCAGCACUUCCUCCGUGAACAUUACAAUGAAUGGAUUACCAAUAUCUAUGUGAAGCCAUUUGUUGUCAUCCUGUAUCUCAUCUAUGCCUCCUUCUCCUUCAUGGGGUGCUUGCAGAUCAGUGAUGGAGCCAACAUCGUCAAUCUACUAGCCAGUGAUUCCCCAAGCGUCUCUUACGCCAUGGUUCAGCAGAAAUAUUUCAGCAACUACAGCCCCGUGAUAGGGUUCUAUGUCUACGAGCCCCUCGAGUACUGGAACAGCAGUGUCCAGGAGGACCUCCGGAGGCUCUGCAGUGGAUUCACUGCGGUGUCCUGGGUGGAGCAGUAUUACCAGUUCCUGAAAGUGAACAACAUCAGUGCCAAUAACAAGAGUGACUUUAUCAGUGUCCUACGAAGUUCAUUUUUAAAAAAGCCAGAAUUCCAGCAUUUUCGAAACGAUAUCAUCUUCUCCAAGGCAGGAGACGAAAACAACAUCAUUGCUUCUCGCUUGUAUCUGGUGGCCAGGGCUAGCAGAGACAAACAGAAGGAAGUCAUAGAAGUGCUGGAAAAGUUGAGGCCCCUGUCCCUGUCAAAGAGCAUCCGUUUCAUCGUGUUCAACCCCUCCUUUGUGUUCCUGGACCAUUACAGCUUAUCUGUCACAGUGCCUGUUCUGAUUGCAGGCUUUGGUGUUCUCCUGGUGUUAAUCCUGACUUUUUUCCUAGUGAUCCACCCUCUGGGAAACUUCUGGCUAAUUCUUAGCGUCACCUCAAUCGAGCUGGGCGUUCUGGGCUUAAUGACGUUAUGGAACAUCGACAUGGAUUGCAUUUCUAUCUUGUGCCUUAUCUACACUUUAAAUUUCGCCAUUGACCACUGUGCACCACUGCUUUACACGUUUGUAUUAGCAACUGAGCACACCCGAACGCAAUGUAUAAAAAGCUCCCUGCAAGAGCAUGGGACAGCCAUUUUGCAAAACGUUACUUCUUUUCUUAUUGGGUUGGUCCCGCUCCUAUUUGUGCCUUCGAACCUGACCUUCACACUGUUCAAAUGCUUGCUGCUCACGGGGGGUUGCACACUUCUGCACUGUUUUGUUAUCUUACCUGUGUUCCUAACCUUUUUCCCCCCUUCCAAAAAGCACCACAAGAAAAAGAAACGCGCCAAACGGAAGGAGAGAGAGGAAAUCGAAUGCAUAGAAAUUCAAGAGAACACUGAUCACGUCACCACAGUCUGAAGGGUGUAGACUAAUGGAUUAUUUUUCUUUUCCAGUAUUGCACAACGAUGCAGGGCAGGUAAAGCUCAGACCUCAGCUGCUUGGGCUGGCCAGGGGUAACAAGGCAAGUCAGAUCAAGAGUGAAUUAUACAUGACACAUCAAGGUGUCCACUUCUUGGGAGGAAGAAGGACUCAAAGAAGGGGAAA